CUCGAUCGUUCCUCGGUUCCUCGAUCUUGUCUUACAUAUUACCCUGUCCGCCCUCGCAUCGGGAGAUCUGGGCCACGUUGGUUUGUCCUCCCUUGAAUGCCUCGCGGCCGCUUCUCCUCUUGCGUGCCAUCAGCUGUAUGUGAGCGGAGCCGCGAUGAACUAAACAAACAGGUCUUAUUAGGGCACAGAUGGGGCUUUCUAGGGACGCACCUCGACUGCAGGGGGUUUUAUCCUGUGCAUUCUAGGAGCUCUCGACAUGUCCUCUGCCGUCUACCUGGCAGUACACCUGAGUUGCUUGUUUAUUCGCUUGUUUUACACGCUUGUUUGAGAUCAGGCUGUGGACCCCGUCUCUAUCGAGGGAGAACAGCCGUAGGGAAUGGGAUAGAAUUUAUGAUGAUCCAGCUUGGCCGGGCUCGCUCCAGUUAUGACGCUCCAGUUAUGAGAGGCUUUUAUCAUCUCCCGGCACGUGUCUUGGCUGGAGCACAUUACACCCCAGUGCCAGGCUCUUCUCCUCAUUGCAGACCUUUGCACAUUAUCCCGCAACAAGUGGCUUCCAUAGGCCCGAACUUGUGCCGGCUUCCCAACAGUUAAAAGAGGAGGCUCCGAGAGUGAGCCAUUAUUUCUCACACGCACCCAGUUGAUGUUGACAGAACUUAAAGGCUAAGGUUAGGUAAAGAUG